AUGGCGGCCUUCGUCCCUCGACAAGCCUACCCGCACCUAUCUUCAAUUCCACGAUCCUACUACUUGGGACACCAUGCUGCUGGACUAUCCAAGAUGAAGUCAAUGGUUGCAUCCAUCGAUCUUGUCAUCGAAUGCCGCGACUAUCGCACACCGGUUGUAUCUCGAAAUCCCUUGUUCGAAGAGAACUUGGGAGAAAGACCUCGAUUGAUUGUCUACACAAAGCAAGACCUGGGGAGCACAUAUUCAGCCGAGGACCGGAAGAGAGAGGCUAUCGUCAAGAAAUGGGAUGCACCUUCCACCUCCUUCUGUACCGACAUCAAGGCUCGAAAUACCAUCAACAAGGUGCUCGACUUUGCACGUGCCCAUGCACACGCCUCACACUCUUUAUUUGGCACUCGCCUGAUGGUCGUGGGAAUGCCCAAUGUAGGGAAGUCCUCACUCCUCAAUGCUCUUCGAAAUGUCAGUCUCGGAAAGAAGAAAGCCGCGAGAACGGGCGAUCAGCCUGGGGUCACAAGAAAGAUUGGAACCAGCGUGAAGAUUAUCGACGGUGAAGAUGGACGCGAGGGAGUAUACGUUCUCGAUACCCCCGGUGUAUUUGUACCUUAUGUGCCUGACGCUGAAAGUAUGCUCAAACUGGCACUCUGUGGCAACGUCAAAGACACCAUCAUUCCACCUACAACGAUUGCAGACUAUUGCCUUUAUCAUCUCAAUCUGAAUGAUCCGACGCUCUACGAGUCUUUCUGUGGACCGACGAAUGAUGUCUUUGAAGUCCUGGAAGGACUUGCACGCAAACAAGGCCGCUUAAAAAAAGGUGGCGCUCCUGACUUUGAGGCAUCCGCGAUACAGUUUGUACAGAAAUGGCGAGCUGGCGAAAUGGGUCAUUUCAUUCUGGACAAGGUGACAGAUACGUCUUUACAAGAGCGUGCGGAAGAACUGCAUCUCAUGGGCGGCAGCAUGAACCAGGCACGCAAGGCAGUGAAGCAGCUACGAAAAGAUGCUUAUCUGACACGAACUUGA